UACAAUUAUUUAAGCACCUUGCAACACCUAAAAUUUUUCUUAGUUUAAGAUCAAAUUUGACGUAUAACAUGGUCUGCGGGUGACCGCUGGCCUGGGUCGUAUAUCGUAAUGCAUUGUUGUGUGACUGCCGACCCAUUCAGUCCGAGCUAUGCUCGCCAAAACCGCCCGAGCUGAGCUGUAAAGUCCCUUAAGGCCAACAGCGAGAUUCCAUUCCAAAAACAAAAUGACUGCCGUAAACUUUGUUGUCAUUCUACGGCCCGCGGCCGCGGUAUGCGCACGCACGUUGCCGCAUUCGCUCGUUUCCAGCAAAUCCAUAAUUAUUCUAUAAACAUUGACGAUACUCUUCAGACAUUCAACAAGCUACUUCAAAGUUUUUUUAAAAGUGGGCAAAUUUUGUAUAAAUUUGUAAACACGCUCCAGAAGUUGACAUCGAUUUAACUGACUGUUUCUAAUAAAUGCGGUUGUUUUACGAGAGUCGUGCGGGUUUCGAGGAGAAUGUGCAGUGCGAUGAGAAAAAAGUUGUGUUUUAUGUGAACGGAUUAAGAUUUAGAACGGAACGGACUUCAAUUGAUGUUAAUUUUUACGAACGAUAAAUUUUGAUAUCGAAAAUAGUACGUGUGUGGUCUCGCCUACGCGUUUAAAUGGAGUUUGACGGAAUUUGGAUUGUGUAAACCGUAUUACCGUUUGGGAAGCAGCAGAAGUUUUUAUUUUUGACGUAAACCGUGUUAAUCUUGUCCUUGGCUAGAAAUAAACCUGCACAUGCGUGGAUGAGUGAUUUUAUAGUACAAGAUGAUGUGGCCUUCGUCUCAAGCUAGUAAAAUACUAACAGUUUUACUCAUAGUAGUCGUCGUUUACUGUCUUUUUAUGGACGCGCUUCUGUACUUACGGAUAGAAAAAUAUGGUUUGGACCAGUUUGAACAAUUUGAAAAUGGUACUCAGGACUCCUCGACAUCGAAUAGUAUUUUUAGGAAUUAUGAAGACGAAGUCUGGAUCCCAUGUAGUAUUAAUCCGUUAUGUCACCCGACCGUGAAGGCACUCAUGGUCGAUCACAUAAACCACUACAUUUACGGACCUUUGUGCUCGAUUCUGGACAUAGCUUUAGGAAUAUCUGAUCGACUCAUAUUUUUGACACCGAACAUGAUAUCUUUCACCCAUGUCGUUAUCGCUCUCAUUGGAGCCAAGCUUUUAACUUGUCAAAAUUUAGCUGCUCGGCGUAUAGGAAUAAUAUUGUUUCAAAUAAGAAUGUUUUUAGAUGACCUCGACGGUCACGUAGCCAGGGAAAGGAAGCACAUUAAAGGGGAGAGAUCAGAAGUCGGGACAUUGGGGUAUUGGGUCGACGGUAUUUGUGAUUUAUUAGGGGUAAUAUGUAUGAUGGUGGGGAUCACGUUGUAUCUUAAGAACAAUCCCCCGAGACGUGGCUACAAAGGCACUCCAGUGAGCACUUUACCUUAUCAUCAAUUAAAGGAAAUUAACUCGAGCGAAGAUAUCGAGAAAGAUCAUACGACUGAUAUAGGAAUUUCAUACAAAACUAAAGUGUCCUUCCAGAGAAUUGUUCAGGUGGUAGGUCUAUUUUCCGGGCAGAUGCUCUUAUCUUCCAUCGCUUGGAAUAGAUACAUUGAUUUAUAUCAAGAUUUGUUGGAAAAUUGUGUAGAAUACGAUAUCGUUAGGCGAAUGACAGCCUUCAAAUCUACAAAGUUCUAUGUGGCGACGGGUAUGUGGCGGAUAGUCAACCCUCACAGUUAUCUUCAUUUGCUCUCUUUAGCAGUGUUUUGUGAUAAAACGUGGGGAUUCUUGAAAGCUGUCCACUACAGUGGUUACAUUGGUUUAGUGAUUGCUGCUGCGGCUUCAGAGUAUUUUACAGAAAAUAUAAGAUAUUUUGUCAUUAAUGGGCUGGAUGUAUAAGAAAUUGUGACUAUUCAACAAGCAAACGUCCAUGUGAGAUAGUAAUAUGUUAUUUGAUAAGGAUUAUUAGGAGCGUUCAUUGUAAACUAUUCAUUUAACGUGUAAUUCGGGUAAUUUGUAACAGUUUACCUAAAAUCUAAAAAAUCUAUCAUUGCAUUUGUUUCUUAUAAUUUGGCUUCGAAAUCUGUAAUAUUUAUUUCUUGUGUACGUGAGCAGAAGUUAGUUUAUUCUGACAGUUUAACCAUAAUAGGUAAUACGCAUUUAUUACAAGUUAAAAGUUAUUUUAUAAUUAUAAUUUACAUGACACUUUUAUUUAUGUACUUUUUUCUCUUGGAGAAUUUUUUAUUUGUUACUUUUUCAACAUUUUUUUUUCGCGUUCAUUUCGCGAAUUCCUAUUUAACAUCUUGUUUCAAAAUAGCUAUUUUAGCAAUAUUUCUGAUUAGCUUAUUGUUAUCGCUUCUUAAAAGCUCUUUCAUAAGGUGACUAUUGUGAUAUUGUGAAGUAGGAAUCCAUUGUGCCAAAACAAUGGGAAGUUUACUACGCUGACUGAUUUUUGUAGAGGUAUCAGGUUUUUAUAUCCCGGUAUCCGAAACCGACUACCUGGCUCUAAUAAUGUUAGACAUAUUUUGUUAGUUAUAUGUCCAUACAUAAAUUAUUCCUUUAAAACAUCAGAAUUAGCCUUAUAAUGUUCAAAUUCUAGAAUGUAUAACUAUUUUCAUAUAGAUUGCACUUGGCUCAGCCGGUCAUAUAAAAAUUGCCACUCGAUAAGGUAAAUCUUUAGCUUGUCUCGAUAAUAAUAAUAAAUAUCCCAUUGAUAAGGGAUGAUAGUUAUAUGUGAGUAAAAAGUUUUCGAAAUUGUGAUAUAUCUGUUACCAAACAUGUACUUCCUAACACAUGAUAUUUGUUGCCAUUAUUCUAAGAGAGCCAGAUUUUCAUAUUUUAAUUACGUUGUUAAUAAAUCAAAUCGUUCUAAUAUAAUAUGUUAUAAUCAAUCAUCUGGAAUUGAAGAUAUAUUGAUAACAAAGAAUAUGUGUACAUAUUAUCGUGACAAUAAGAUUUUAAUUAAAAUUUGUUGUUUUGUUAUAAAUUCGUGUUAGGUUAAAACAAAUUUAUUCUCAUUAAAAACAAAAAACCUACUUGUCCCUUAUACGACUUAUAAUAAUAUUAAAAACAUAAAAAGAGUUAUAUUCCAUAUUUAUAAUGUUUACAUUAAUAAAUGGUGACUUAGAGAUGUUCUUCUGGUGAUUUGUGUAAAAUAAUUAUUUUUAAUCUCUGUCUUCUAUUUCAUGUAUAAUAAUCAGCCAUAAUUUAGUUAAAAUGAUAAUAAUAUUAUUAAUUUAUUGAGAUAAAAGUUUUUCUAAAAGACAUAGCGUCCGUCCAAAGUUCACAUUUAUAAAAUUUAAGAUAAUAUUCACAGACGGUUAAAUUAAAAAAAAAUCUACAAAUUACACGAAAUGGUUUUUGGUGUUUAAUAUAUAUGUAGUAUAAAACACAUUUAUAUGUUAUCAUAACUUGCACACGUGUUUAAUGACAUGAGAUAUAUUGUUUACAGUCACAUCAUUAUGAAACUUAAUUUACCAUAAUAUGGACUGCACAUGAUAUAAGCGAUGAAUGAAGAUGCACGAUACACCACAUUUAAUAAUAUACACACAUACACAUUGAUGUUGACAAUCUGUGAUAAUGGUGUGGGCAAGCGAAAUGCGGAAUAAGUCACAUUGUAAAAUUAUAUUAAUUUCCUAUUGAAAUGGUUAAUUUGGACUGUAUAAUAGAAGAAUAAUAAAGCGUUAUCUGUGAUUUAUUUGUAAUAUCGAUUUUUGAAAUGUAGUUGAAAUACAGUAAUGCCAUGAAGCGUUACAGAAAUCGUACUCGUUCAUACACUGCUAGUGUUUAUUACGUUUUGUGAAUAAGAGAAUUAAAAUAAUAGUUUUAUUAUAUAUGUAUAUAUAAAUAAAUUUACUAUAUUAAAAAUACCUUUGGUUAAUUAAAAAAAUAUAGGGAUAGAUUUUUUAAGUCGAGUGUUGUCAAAUGGUAAUUAAAAGAUAAAUAAAAAUAUUUUU